GAUGACGUCACGGUUAGUUAUGCAUAUAUAACCUCAAACUAUUGUUGUAUCUUUGCAGUUUUAACGCGACUCCGUAGGUUAAUGAAACUGGAAAAUUAAAAGAAAAGAGUCGAUACAAAUAAGCUUCAAAGCCUCCAAUUCGGAAGAGAUAUUAAAGGUUUAAAACAGACGAAAACGAAAAAGUGAACAAAAAAAUUAAAAUGAUUAAAUUAUUAAUCGUUAGCACGUUACUGUGCUUGACAAUCUCCAUUGUCGAAGGAAAUCCUCUUCUUUACAUGCUAAUGAGUGGAAGAAUGAAUCAAAACAGAAACACCUAUGGUGGCCAGCCGAACUACCAAUCUUCCCCAUACCAACAACCUCGCCCGUCUUCGCCGUAUCCAUUUGGUGCACCCUCUCGAUCAUCCCCAUACUCUUAUUCGGUGCCAUCAAUUUCUUCUCCAUACGCCCAGCCGAUAAAUGUUGCACCUACGACGUACAACCGCCCCAUUGUCCCACUUGGCUCAAAUUACCAAGGUGGACCGACUCCUGCUUUUCCAACCUUCAACAACAACAACCGACAGCCUGUUUACAUCGACAACGGUCCAAAACCCGCUUCAAACGGACCGAUUCCGGUCAUGAACGGUCCCAUUGCUGGAUCACCCAAACAACCCGCUGUGCAAAGUCUAAUACCACAAGGAGAAGGUUGCCUGCAAUUCGUGGAAAACAGAGUUUACUGUGGAAGUAACGGAACUGAUCAAACACUUUGCGAAACAAUGGGCUGCUGUUGGGAUCCAUCGGCGAUAGGAACUGACAGACUUACAUGUUUCUUUCACACCGAAAUGAGUAACUUUGUUGCUCCAGAAGUACCCGUAGAAAAACCAUCCCAUCCAAAAGCUACUUUUGUGCCACCACAGAAUUUCGCUCCACCACAACCUAAGAACGCCAUCAUUUCCUCCAAUUCUCGACUCGACGAGACCGCUUGUAAAGCAAAGAAGUGUGCAGCUGUGGCAAGAUCUGACAGAAGAAUCUGCAUUCCUAAUAUUGAAACUUUUCAACAACCUCGUAGUAUUUGUGAUAGCGUAGGAUGCUGUUACGUCGAUAACAUGUGUCAUCACGCAAAUCAUGAAGUUUCCUGCUCUGCUCCAGCUCCAACUCAACCAUCUGCUCCAGCUGUCCCAAACAAGCCUUCAGGUCUUUUGAAUAAACUGCAACAAAUGGAGUCCGGAUUGUCUACCACUCCAAUGAGUCUUUUGAACAAACUUAAGCAGAUGGAAUCAAACAUGCAAAACUCCCAAGGCCCUUCUACGCUGCAAAAGCUCCAAUCUUUGGAAUCUCAGAUGCAAAACAAGCAAAGUCAACCACCAACCCAGAAGCCAUACAGGCCAACAAUCCAAAGCCAUUCAUAUCAGCCAGUCAAUCCUAAAGCUGCUCGUCCAGUCGUUCCAGCAAAUCAACAACCGUAUCAGCCUAUAUACCAACCUCAACCACCACCAACGCCGCAAUAUGUGAGACAAUGCAACCUGUUCGGAUGCCGAAUGGUCCCUGUGCCCGGAAAUCCACAACAAAAUGCUUACCAACCACCAGUCCAAGUUCCAAGAAACAAUGACGGAACAUGCUUCCCACAAAAAUGCGGAGACCCCGCAUUCACGCCUGAAAAGAUCGACAAUGACUUUGACCCAAGAAAAAUUGUCGGGGGAUCAAGAGCGUUCCCAUUCAGUCAUCCCUGGACUGUGAUGAUCCAGAAAAGCGAAGGAAAUAGAACCUUCAUCUGCGGAGCUACUUUGAUCUGCCAACAAUGGUUGAUGACAGCCGCUCAUUGUCUUGAUCAACAGUCGGAAUACAAGAACACGCCAGACCUCGACCCGAACAUGUAUAAAAUUUUCAUUGGAAGAUGGGCCGGAUGGCAAGCACCUCACGGCAAACAAGUUCAAAUUUUCAAAGGAAAUGAUAUUGAAAGAAUGUUCCAGCACGAAAAAUUUAUUCCCGGUAAACACCGAGGUGUCAUCACUCACGACAUUGCUCUUAUCAAACUCAGGAAAUUAGUCAAAAUGGACGAUUUUGCUCAACCAGCCUGCUUGCCUACUGAGCCUCCCAAAGCAAAAAGUGUCAUGUUUGCAACUGGAUGGGGAAUAAACCGAAACAAGGGACCUAAACCAACUACCUUGAAACAAGUCGGAGUCGAAAUUAAAGAUAAAAUAUCUUGUACAAACCGAGUACCAGGGUUCAAAAACCCACCAGGUGUUAUCUGCGGCGGCGGAGAACCAUUCCACGAUACGUGCACUGGUGACUCCGGUGGACCUCUUGUCGGAUCCAAAUCAAAAUCUGUUUACCUGGGUACUCAGAUGAAAACUCUCUGGUACGUGUACGGAUUGACAAGCAUUGGUUCUCCCAGUUGCAACACCAAGUCGUACGACAGACAACCUGCUUUAUAUACCGACGUAUUCUAUUUCUUGGAUUGGAUCAAAGCUCGCACUAACAACUGCUGUGCAUAAAAAGCUGAUGUUUUGGAUCGACUAAUAAUUUUAACCGAUGUGAUUGCUCCUAAUUCGAAUGUACAACGGGCUAGAAUUGAACUGGCGAGCCGACAUCUGUACAGAUACGACGAUUUUGAUGUUUUUUGACGACAAUUUCCACCUAUAUUUUUUCUAAUUUUCUUUAUUGUAUUUCUCGAAUUGCAUUCAUUUUUGCACUUGUGCCUUCUUUUCAUAAAUAAUAUUUUAUUUUUUUCAUAAGCUAUCAUCAAAUCACCUCAAAAAUCUAUCUAUUUUCAUUUUACUAAAUUUUGGUGUUACGAAAAAUUACCAUCAUUUUAUCAUAAUGAAAGGUACAAACUUUCCAUAUGUGUUACAUCUAAUAUUAAAUUUAACAUUUCAUGCAAAUUUCAUGAACGACUUGUUAUAGAUGAAUAGAUUAUACAAAAAAAAAACGAAAUAAAACCUGCCUUGGAGUAUUUAAUGAAGUUUAAACUUUAUCUGUUCCUUUUAUUCUUAUUUUUGCAACAUUACACUUCUAAGACACCGGAUUUAAUAUGUUAUAAUAUAUUGAAUUACAGACAAUACAGCCCGAUGUAACAUUCCAGAUAUAUCGACAAACUAUCGAAUCAACUCAAAAUCAUAACUUUAAUAUUCAUCUCCUCACCAUUUAAACCACUAGGCAUCGAUCAUUUUUCUGUUGUGGAUUUUGUCUGAAUUUUAACUCUACUUUAUUGUUAUUCUUGUAAUUAUUGCAAUAAAUUAUUUCAAUGAA